UGGAAGUUUAUAAAUUGAAAUAGGCGUUGCAUAUUAAUUGUCCAGAAAUAACUCCCAUCAUCAUUAUAUAUAUCAAUAUUUGUCAUUGCAGUUUAGCCGUUACUCCAUAUAAAUUGCUCAAAAAAUAUCCCAUCAUCAUAGUGUGCAUCAAAUGCACACUUAUACGUGGAGAAUUUGAGAAGUUUGAAAGGAGGCUCAUGGUCCAUUUUUUGCCCUAUAAAUAUGACAUUUGAUCUAUCUCCACAUACCUACAUACCUUAUACAACUCAAGCUUCAUCUUUUUGUUCUUCCCACGAGUAGCAAGGUUGAUACCAUGGAACCAUUCCACACGUUGCUCGAUGAUCUACAGCUAACGAAAACUAAUUCGAUUAUCAAAGUUCGUUGUAUUCACAUCUAUGAAGUUGCCGCUCCUAGAGACAAAACCAAUAUCGUGAGUUUAGAAUGUGUGCUUCACGAUCGAAUGGGCAUAAGGAUUCAAGCAACCAUUCCACGCAUUCUACACGCAAGGUUUGGCGCACUAAUGAGGGAAGGGGGUAUUUUUCGUAUACGCAAUUUUCUCGUGAGGCAAAAUCGUCCUCGCAAUCCAGUUACAAAUCAUGCAUACCACAUUAAGAUGAUUUCAAGCACACAAAUGUUUGAAGUUAAUGAGCCUCAAUUUCCAAAAAUGCUUUUUAAUUUUAAGUCAUUUGAGGAGAUUAUGCAGAUUGGUAAUGUAUGUGAUGAACCACUUUUUGACAUCAUCGGUGUGGUUGUCGACACUGGAAAAAUUGUUAAGCAUUCUACAUCUAAACUCAUCGAGAUCCGGCUAUCAGAUGCUGACCAUACCAUGCUUUUUUGCACAUUGUGGGGAGAUGUUGUUGACUCCUAUCUUCAACAACUGGAAAGAAUUAAAGGAAAAAUGCCUAUUAUUAUUGUCCAAUUUUGCAAGCCAACUUUGUUUCGCGGCACGAUUCGUGUGAGUACGCACUUUAAUACAUCUAGGGUUUACAUCAACCAAGAUAUGGUUGAGAUUUCCAGUUUCAAAGAGAGGAUUUCCGGUGAUGCCGCUUUUUUGUCUCAAGAAGCAAUUUUUCGUUUUAUUGAUGCAAGGGUUUCUAAUGAAUUUGAUGACUUGGUCGUAAAGACCCUUGCAGAUGUACAAGAAGAUGUGGAUGGUUCUUACUGGAUUUGUUGUAGAAUUGAAAAUGUUGAGUGUCACUAUGGACAAUGGUCAUACAUGGCAUGUAAACAAUGUGUCAAAAAGGCUGUGAAGCUUGAGAAUGGGUUCACCUGUGAUAAAUGCGAUAAUUCUGAUGGGAUUGUCGUUCCGAGGUUCCGGUUCAUUGUGAACGUUGUUGACGGUAGUAGCAAUGCCUCAUUGCUAUUAUGGGAUCGAGAAUGUGUCCAACUAUUAGGGAAAAAAGUUGAUGAAAUUCGACUUGGCCAUGAAGAGCUUGGAGCUGAUGAAUAUAUUCCUCCUGAGAUUGAAGAAAAGCUCUUGGGGCAAACUUUACUUUUUAGAAUCAAUGUGAAAAAAAUACUGAGUAUUGGAUUGAUAAUCCAUACACUGUGAAUAAAAUUUGCAAUGACCCUCAAAUCGUCGAGAAGUAUGCCCCUCCAACUUUGGACUCAAGGAGUUCAGAUUCACGAUUGGAAAUUUCUCCCAGUUUGGAAGGGGCUUCUCCGUUUGCUGGAACGGGCGUUGUUCUCCAUGGCUCUGCCUCUGGUACCAACGACACUCGUACUGAAUUGAUUGCUAAAGAUUCAUUGAAAAGAAUUUUGGAUGUUGAAAUUUUAGGAGAAACGACUGUCGUUGUUGGUGAGCAGAAGAAAUUAAUGAUCAAACAGGAGAAGAAUUAGUUUAUAGAAAGUUAUUUUCAUUAGCUGAACUCCCAUGGAUCUGUUUUUUAUUAUGUUUUUUGGUAUUAGCUAUUGUUUUUCCAAUUAUUAGGUUGGCAUCAUUGCUUUAAGUGAUGGGCAAUGAGCUUUUGUUAUGUGCAUUUCUAUAUUAUUAUUAUUAUUGAGGUUUACUGAUUA